AUGCCCCGCGAAAUCAAGAACCUGAAGGAGUUCCUCGCCAUCUGCUCCCGCAAGGAUGCGCGUUGCGUGAAGGUGAAGCGCAACCCCAAGGUGACGAAGUUCAAGGUGCGCUGCAGCCGCUACCUCUACACCCUUGUGAUUGCCGACAAGAAGAAGGCGGACAAGAUUGAGCGCUCCAUUCAUCCCUCCGUGAAGAAGAUCACCGUCACGGCGCGCUCGCACGCCAAGACGAACGCCGGCAGCAAGUAA